ACCACAGAGCGAGCGAGCGGGGAGCCGAGGAGUACGACGCCGAGAAUAUUACAAGAAAACGCUGGGAAAUUAUGCUGUUCUGUCGUGUUCUUCUGGCGGGGUUUUGGACUUGAAUAAGUGGAAUGAAAUAGCGUCGAAAGAUGGCCCACGUCGGCGGGACGAACUAAAGAGAGAAGAAGAAAGGUUGGUGGUUGUGAUGUUGGUCUGAUCUGACUGGCUUCCUCUGCUUCAAGACUACAUUUCCCAUGGAGCCGUGCACCGACACACACACUGUUCUACCAUGGAGCCACCAGUCAGGGUUUUGGACCCAAAGAGCCAGUGAGACAGAGGAGGACCUGAUAUUGUGAUAUCACCUGAACCCCAUCCUGUCAUCUACUCCUUCCACCCCCCUGCUUGUCCUCCAGCUGACCACCCUUCUCUCUAAGGCCUCGUCCGGAGCUCCUCCCAAUUCCCCCACUCCCUGACUCCUGCUGUGGAUUUAAGACUUUUAUCAGGACUUGAGUGUCUCCCCUCAGUCCACACUGACCAGCUGACCUGAAGCUCCUAAUCACAGCACGGCCCAAUCUAGGCCCAGUUCUGGUCCAGUCUAAGUCCAGUCCUGCAGGAUGGCAGGUCUACGGUUCAUUCUGGCUGUGAUUGCCGCCGCUCUGCUGACCCUUAGAACUGAUGCUGCAGGUCAGAACCCGGACCACGUCCUGCAGGGGACGGGGGUGAAACCUGAGGCUCGGCGACCUGACGAGGACUCGACCAUUGCGCCUGAGGACGCCGCCCGUUUCCUCAGCUGCUACUGCUCCGGACACUGUCCUGAGGACGCCACGAACAACACCUGCCAGACCAACGGCCAGUGUUUUGCCAUCAUCGAGGAGGAUGAGCACGGUGAGGCCAUCCUCACCUCCGGCUGCAUGAAGUAUGAAGGCUCACACUUCCAGUGCAAGGACUCUCCCAAUGCUCAGACCAGGAGGACCAUCGAGUGCUGCAACACCGACUUCUGCAACAGAGACCUGCAGCCCACCCUCCCCCCUCAGGCUCCCGCCGAAGGUAGCCCUCACUGGCUGGCCUUCCUCAUCUCCAUGACGGUCUGCUGCUGCACUCUGAUCUGUAUCACCGUGGUCUGUUAUUACAGGUAUAAGUGGCAGAGUGAGCGUCAGCGGUAUCACAAAGAUCUGGAGCAGGAAGUGUUUAUCCCUGUUGGAGAGUCACUCAAAGACCUCAUCCACCAAUCACAGAGCUCAGGCAGUGGCUCUGGGCUCCCCCUGCUGGUGCAGCGGACCAUUGCCAAGCAGAUCCAGAUGGUGCGCCCGAUAGGUAAGGGGCGGUACGGCGAAGUGUGGCUGGGCCGUUGGAGGGGAGAGAAGGUGGCCGUCAAAGUCUUCUUCACCCGAGAGGAAGCCAGCUGGUUCAGAGAGACGGAGAUCUACCAGACCGUCUUGAUGAGACACGAAAACAUCCUUGGCUUCAUUGCCGCUGACAUCAAGGGCACCGGCGCCUUCACGCAGCUCUUCCUCAUCACAGACUACCACGAAAAUGGCUCUCUGUACGACUACCUGAAGCUGACCACGCUGGACACGCAGGCUCUGCUGCGACUGGCGUACUCCGCCGCCUGCGGCCUCUGUCACCUACACACCGAGAUCUACGGCACGCAGGGCAAACCGGCCAUCGCCCACCGAGACCUCAAGAGCAAGAACAUCCUGAUCAAGAAGAACGGCACCUGCUGCAUCGCUGACCUCGGCCUCGCCGUCAAGUUCAACAGCGACACGAACGAGGUGGACGUCCCUCUGAGCACUCGGGUGGGGACGAGGCGCUACAUGGCCCCUGAGGUCCUGGACGAAAGCCUCAACAAGAACCACUUCCAGGCUUACAUCAUGGCCGACAUGUACAGUUACGGCCUCGUCAUCUGGGAGAUGGCCCGACGCUGUGUCACCGGAGGUAUUGUGGAGGACUACCAGCUGCCGUACUAUGAGAUGGUGCCCUCUGACCCCUCUUAUGAAGACAUGCUGGAGGUGGUGUGUGUAAAAGGACUGCGGCCCACAGUGUCCAACCGCUGGAACAGUGACGAGUGCCUUCGGGCCAUGCUGAAGCUGAUGUCAGAGUGCUGGGCUCAUAACCCCGCCUCCCGCCUCACCAUUCUUAGAGUCAAGAAGACGCUCGCCAAGAUGGUGGAGUCCCAGGACAUCAAGAUCUGACCACCCUCUUCAUCCUCAUCUUCCUCGUCCUCGUCCCACCGCCGCCGGAUUCACCUGAACCCAGAAUAUACUCGACAGCUGACCUGGACCUGAUCAGUCUAGAACGGCUUCCCCAGGCUCAGUACAUCACUCUUCAUCAGGAGGAGGAAGAGGAGGAGAAGUGUGGAGUUAAAGAAAGGACCCACCUCAGGGCUGAACUGUGCGUCUCCUCCUGCUUCCUCCAUCUUCAGUCUGUAUGGGGCCUGGAAACAGACAUGGAGUCCUUCCUCCUCCUCCUCCUCCUCCUCCUCCUCCUCUUCCCUCUGUGCCCAGUGGCUCACAGGGAGCGAGACUGCCGGUUUGACGCUUUCUGUGAAAGCCAAGCGAGACAAUUAUUAUGACAACUUCCUGUGGAGAGGAGAGGAGGGGUCUCUCGAUGCUCGACGUUAAUGAACCGAGAAACGUUUGAAACCCUUCUCUUUUCAGGACCCGCCUCACUAAGCCUUCCUCCACUUCUGUCUGUUUCAAAACAUUAAAAAUGCCAAUUUUUUUUGUUAUUUUCUCUUCAGGACUGAGUUCUCCUGCCAUAUUGAAAUAUAUCUCCACUCUAAAAGUAGAGUUAAUUAUAAAAAAAUAAGGUACUAUUAUAAUAUGUGAAUUUUAAUGUGUAAAUAAAUGUUAUCAUUAGAUGCCGUGCCUACUCAUAAGAAGAUUGAAAAGACCAGAACACUAUGCUGCAGUGGUGUUGACGUCCAGCCGACUCCUCAGAGACGUUGACAGGAGAUAAUGGAGUCACUAUGGAGACGUCUCCCGUCCUGUCUGUCUGUCUGUCUGUCUGUCUGUCUGUCUGUCUGUCUGUCUGUCUGUCUGUCUGUCUGUCCUGUCCUGUCCUGUCCUUGUUCAUGGUUGUCUGUCAGCUGUUUGUUUGGAGAUCAGUUAUAAAGAGGUGGAGCUGCUCUGGUGGCAGAGAAAAAUCUUAUUGGUUGAGUUAAACAUCAGUGGGUGGAGCCAACCCUGAAGGAAUACUACAGUUCUCACUCCGGUCUGCGAGCCAGUGAGGAGUGCUGUGUGUCACUUCCUUUGCUGCCACGGAAACAGGUUCAACUUGUUUUUAACUCCUUUCAGUUCAGGAUGAGAAGGUCUACUUUAAACUCUUUUCAUUGUGAUAGGAAAGAACAUCUGACAGUGGUAUGUACAUUCACUUUGGCUCCUCCCACUGUGGUUUCACUUGUCCAAUCAGAUUAUUUGACUUCAGACUUUCAGAAAUGUUUGUAGACGUAAAACAGAGUGUCCUGAUUGGUCUGUUUGAGAUUCAUUUAUUACAAAAUAAGAGUCACACUUUCUACAUUCUACAACAUAAUAAUCACAAAAUUAUUUCAUUUGCAUUUCGGGACAAAACUUUCUCAGUAAGAAUAUUUAGGAAACAGGUCCAAAAUGUGGUUAGCUUAGCUUAGCACAAAGAUUGGAAACGUGCAGAAACUGUUAGCCUGGCACCAUCAAAAGAGAAAAAGGCCCACCCUCUAACAACAGAUCUGAUGGUUUAUUGAACCAAAUAAAAAUGAAAUAAAAUUUAGAAAAUUCGAUAUAUAGUGGUUUUAAGCAGUUUUCCCCUGUUUCCAGUCUUUGUGCUAAACUCAGCUAACCACACCCUGGACCUCUGGAUGAAAAAGAAGAUUCAGCCAAACUGUUACUUUGACUGUUCUGUGUUUGCUUUCUCUCUUCAGCAGCAGGACUGUGUGUGUGUGAGAGUGUGUGUGUGAGAGUGUGUGAGAGUGUGUGAGAGUGUGUGUGUGUGUGUGUGUGUGAGUGUGAGAAGCUAACCGUUCAUACAGUAGCUAUUUAAGAGCAGUAACUUAGUGUUUUUCUCUGUAUUAAAUAUGCAAGAAAGCCCCAUUAUAGGAAUAAUCUCUAAUAUGUAAAUCUUUCAUGUUUUUUUGUUUCGGUGUUGUUGUUGUUUUGUACAGCAUCUGGUUCGGUGCCUUAUGAGUUUACCAAGGAAAUGAAAACUCUGUAUACAGUCUGUCCAAUGUAACGAUUUUUAAGUAAAUAACCUUAUUUUAGUACACAAA